AAAUUUUGUUCCCAGAGGCAGAAAGCUAUUGUGUGGAACUUUUGAAUGUAAAAUUUCUCAUUGAGAGAUUAGAAGCUGACACGUGUAGGAUGUGACCUGAAGGGACGGCCAGGAUUAGUUGCUUUCACCUGCCCAAAAUGAACUCCCUGUCAUUUUAGUUAACCCGCAGUAACAAAAGAUAAGACUGAAAUGCCAACUUUUUGGCGCCUUUCAUCAAACAACUGGCACUGUGUUGCAUAGUACAGUAGUGCUGUAACACCGCCAUUGAUGAUUUCUUCAUUUUCUUCAUUUUACUGUCCUUUCACUUUCUCGUUACGCUUGAGCCUUCCUCUGAAUCGUUAGAAAAUCUUGACCGAGAAUUUCCAUUCCCUCCACGCACCUUUUCCCUGCCGAAUCUUUCGAAUACUUCCAGAUUUUAGCCUCCUUUAACCAGUUUUUUGGAGCUUUGAUCGGAGAGAAAGAAGCUAUCCAUGGCAUCUGAAGAACGUCGGAAAGGUUUUCUCGCGGCGGCUUCUUCCGGGUGUAUGAAACAAGUGAAGAGGUUUGCCAAGAGAUUACAAAAUCUAGAUGAGGUGGAGGAUGCGGAAGGCCGAACCGCGCUUCACUUUGCCGCUGCCGGUGGUCACACUGCCGUGUGCGACCACUUGAUCAAGAAGCUCAAACUUGGUGUUAAUGUCAAGGAUGCAAAAGGUAACACGCCGUUGAUUGUUGCAAUUGAUAAAGACCAGACUGCUACGGCUUUGUAUCUUAUUGAAACCGGUGGUGCGGAUAUCAUGAUGUUUAAUCAGAAUGGUCUUAUGCCCUUGCACUGUGCUGCUUUGAGAGGUAACACGGAAGUUUUGCAGCUGUUGAUCUCUAACGGUGCUGUAAUAGAGACGGGUUCUAAAUUUGGGACACCACUACAGUGUGCUGUAACUGCUGAUAAGAAAGAGGCGGUGAAGAUUUUAUUGGAUAACCUUGCAAAUCCAAAUUUGGUUGCAGGCUCUUUUGCCUCCCCGCUCAUGCUAUCAAUUGCACAUGACUCACUUGAUUGCUUUCUCCUGUUGCUUGAGGCUGGAGCUAUACCUGACCUUCCUUCAAGUUUGAGGAGGACUCCUCUUAACGUGGCCGCUUUCUUUGGGAAAACAGAGAUUAUCAAAUACUUGCUGAAAUCUGGGGCGAAUCCUGAUGUCACAGAUGCUUAUGGUCUGACAGCCUUAGAACAUGCUGCUGUCAAUGGUAAAGUCGAGGCAAUCAAGAUACUAUUUCCUGUUACUUCUCGGAUCCCAUCUUUUCCAGACUGGAGCAUUGAUGGAAUAAUGGUGUCUAUUUCCUCAGCAGAUGGCAGAAAAAAGAUAACGUCGAAGAUGCAAGAGAUUUUUCGAAUUGCAAAAGCCAAUGGGCUUGCUGCAUUUAAGGAAGAGAAUUAUGCAGUUGCAUGUACUUGGUUUUCUGCGGCUGUUUCUGCAGAUCCUGAUGAUGCCAGUGUUCUAUCUAAUAGGAGCUUAUGCUUUUUACGCUUGAAUAAUGGCGAUCUUGCUCUAGCUGAUGCUGAGAAGUGCGUUUCACUGAAACCUAACUGGGCCAAAGCACACUACAGAGAAGGUGCAGCGUGGAUGUUUCUUGAUGUAUGAAUGUGAAUUACUCUAUGGCAACAAAAGCAUUUGCUGAGGCAUUAAAGCUGGAACCAGAUAACGUGGAACUCAAGAAAGCUCAUGCGAAAGCUCUCUUGAUGCUGAACCUGGUGUCCAUGUCCCAGAGAAUAUGAGACUAGUGCACUUUCAGUUGCAAGUUCCGAGAAUGAAUGCUGUGUGUUAAGUAUUCGCUCUGCGAAAAGUCUGUCCAACAAAAACGAAGUUAUUGUGCAAAAGGUUGAACUUACCUCCUCAUUUUGUUGUUAUGUUAGCUUUUGUUUUGGCCGAGGAGGUAGUGUUACUAAAUGUGGUUUUUGGGAGAACUUGACUAAACCUGUGUGUUAUAAUGAUGGAUGGUAACUAAGUUAGGACAAGGUAGUAUUGAACAUCUUGCUGCAAAUCUAUAUGACAGGACAGCUUGGGGAUUAUUGAAAAACGAUGUUGAAAUUGUCAGUUGAUGC